ACCUCGGCGGCCUCCGUCCAGAGGUGGGCACGGAAGGAGGUCCACGGGCUGGAGUCGCAGAACCUGGCUCCGGGACGUGGAUGGAGAUGGAGUUCGACUGCGAGGGUCUCAGACGGCUACUGGGCAAGUACAAGUUCAGAGAUCUCACUGUGGAAGAACUAAAGAAUGUAAAUAUGUUUUUCCCACAUUUCAGAUAUUCUAUGGACACCUAUGUGUUCAAAGAUAGUUCCCAGAAAGACCUGCUGAAUUUGACUGGCACUAUUCCUGUGAUGUAUCAGGGUAAUACAUAUAACAUACCAAUUUGUUUGUGGAUUUUGGAUUCCCACCCUUUUGCUCCCCCCAUUUGCUUCUUAAAGCCAACUGCAAAUAUGGGAAUCUCAGUUGGAAAACAUGUGGAUGCUCAAGGCAGAAUAUACUUGCCCUAUCUUCAAAACUGGAGCCAUCCUAAAUCUGUCAUUGUUGGACUAAUUAAAGAAAUGAUUGCCAAGUUUCAAGAGGAACUUCCCCUGUAUUCUCUACCAUCAUCUGAUGAGGCACGGCAGGUAGACUUGCUGGCCUAUAUUGCAAAAAUCACUGAAGGUGUCUCAGACAUAAAUUCAAAGAACUGGGUAAAUCACGAGCAUAAAACAGUCAAUAAAAUUACUGUGGUUGGAGGUGGAGAACUAGGUAUUGCCUGUACAUUAGCAAUCUCAGCAAAGGGCAUUGCAGACAGACUGGUCCUCUUGGACCUCUCAGAAGAAACAAAAGGAGGGGUGAUGGACCUUGACAUCUUUAGCCUGCCUAAUGUGGAGAUCAGCAAAGAUUUGUCUGCCUCUGCUCAUUCCAAGGUGGUGAUCUUCACGGUCAACUCUUUGGGUAGUUCUCAGUCCUACCUGGAUGUGGUACAAAGCAAUGUGGAUAUGUUCAGAGCCCUUGUCCCAGCUCUGGGACAUUAUAGUCAACAUGGUGUCCUGCUUGUUGCAUCUCAACCAGUGGAAAUCAUGACAUAUGUAACAUGGAAACUGAGUGCAUUUCCUGUAAAUCGAGUGAUCGGAAUUGGAUGUAAUCUGGAUUCACAGAGAUUACAAUAUAUUAUUACAAAUGUCUUGAAGGCACAGAUGUCAGGAAAACAAGUAUGGGUUAUUGGUGAGCAGGGAGAAGAAAAAGUGCCCACAUGGGGUGGCCAAGAAGAAGUAAUGAGUCCUAACUCUCAGGUGCAGUUGUCCAACAGAGCCAUGGAACUGUUACGGGCAAAAGGCCAAAGAUCCUGGUCUGUUGGACUAUCGGUAGCUGACCUGGUUGACAGUAUUGUAAGCAAUAAAAAGAAAGUACAUUCUGUAUCAAUUUUAGCAAAGGGAUAUUAUGGCAUAAACAGUGAAGUGUUCUUAAGUUUGCCUUGCAUCGUUGGAACCAGUGGCGUAUCAGAAGUCAUCCAAAGCACAGUGAAGGAAGAUACAGUGACCAAGAAACUCCAAAGCAGUGCAUCAUCAAUCCAUGGUCUCCAACAACAGUUAAAACUUUGAUUCUAAAGUUCAGUUACCGGAAGGGAAAGGUCAUUUAAUUUGGCCAACAUAUAUAGGGUUAAGAAUUUCUGUAUCUUAUUACUUACCCUUACAAACUGCUUGGUUAAGGGGGACGGUUUCCGGUUAGCUUUGUAAUUUGAAUCCUUAGGGAGUGUGGGGGGGAGAUCUAGUUUUCUGUGUUGCUCUUGAGCUAUCUAAACUGUUCUUUAAACCUCCAGCAGAAGUAGACAUUCAUCUACAAUAUGCAUCAUUUAAAUUUAUGGAUCCUCAACUAAAAGCACAUUCAGCACUUUGGGAAUAUUUUGAAAGUAAUAUAUUUUUAAAAGAAAAAUGACUCCCUGACUGUUAUAAUAAACACGAUAAGCUGAACGUCCAGUAUUGAUUUACAGAAUCUGUGCUAGGUGUACUUUCAAAAGAUCCCCAGCCUAAGGUAUUGUUUCUUCUUUAAAAUGUAAUUGGUAGUAAUGGGAAAGCAUUUUGUUUCCCCUCUUCAAAUUAAUUAGCUACCAAAAAAAAAAAAAAGAAUUUUAUGUGCCUUUUCAAGUAGUAAAAGAGCAAGUGAAAUUUUUUAAUAUUGAAGAAAAAGUGUAGUUAAAUUUCCAGUGAGACUGUCCUUUCUGAAAUUUUUUAUAACCCUUUCUUGGGCUAUAUAAUAGAUCUCCAACAUCUCAAAAGUCCACUAUACUAUUAGUAUCAUAAAGAAAUGUAUAUUUUUAGUGGAAAUAGAUUAUGAAAAAAAGAAAGCCAAGCAAUUUACCUUAAAGCUAAAAUAUGAGGCUUUCUU